UCCGGAAAUCACACGAAAAUUUUUUUGUUUGUUUUUUUUCCUCUAUCCCAUCCAAUCCAACCCAAAAAGAAAAAAGAACAGAAAAAUUUCCCAGAAACAAAGAGAGUAAAAGAAAAUUGAACCCAUUCCUCUCCAAUCCAACAGCUCCUAUUUCUUUGUAAUUUUAUUUUUCAUUAUUUGAUAAAUACCCAUUUCUUAAAGCCAACUUGACAAUCCAAAAAGGAAAAAAGACGAUUGGAUUUUUGGGUUGGGUUUUUUGUAUUUCCCUCCAUUUUCUCUCUUCGGGGGUCGAUUUAGUUCUUUUCUUUGUUUCUUAAAAUUUUCAAGUUCCCACAUUGAUGCAAUAGGAAGACAGAAGAACAGAGAUAGUUAUAAAUUUUUGAUCUUUGGGUUUAUUAGUGGUUAAAGGAAGGAAAAUAGGAAUUUGUAGUUUGAAAAAAGAUAAUAACCUUUUUAUUUCUUUUAUAUAUAGAAUGAACAGAUGAGCAAAAAACUUGGCUUUAGAAAGGCCUUGGAAACUAGACUAAAGAAAUCACAAGUUGCUGCAAAGAAGAAAGCAAUCAGCAUAUUUACAGCUAUGUCUGUAGCUCAUGUUGAUGAUGAAGAGUUAACCCCUGGUGAAGUUCGCAAUAUUGAAAAAGCCCUUCCAAGAGGUGAUAUUUAUACAGGCCAAUGGUGUGAUAAUUUGCCCCAUGGUGAUGGUAAGUAUUUAUGGACGGAUGGAUGUAUGUAUGUGGGUGAAUGGUAUAAAGGAAAGAUGACUGGGAAAGGCAAAUUCUCUUGGCCUUCAGGUGCUACCUAUGAAGGUGAAUUCAAGAGUGGUUUCAUGGAUGGCAAAGGGACUUACACGGGUUGUUCAGGGGAUACAUACAAAGGGUCUUGGGUUAUGAACUUCAAACAAGGAGAAGGGGCACAUAGUUUUUCCAGUGGGGAUCGCUAUGAAGGCGAAUGGCGCCGUGGGUUGCCAGAUGGACAAGGGAGGUACCAAUGGAAGAAUGGGAACCAUUACAUGGGUCAAUGGAGGAAUGGAUUGAUGCAUGGCAAUGGAACCAUGAUUUGGAGCAAUGGGAACAGAUAUGAUGGUUCCUGGGAAGAUGGUUUUCCUAGAGGAAAUGGUAAUUUCAAAUGGCCAGAUGGAAGCCUUUAUGUUGGUAUUUGGACUAAAGAUGGUAAGGAUCAAAAUGGAACCUAUUAUCCAGCUGGUUCUCCAUCUGAGAAUCUAGAUUGGGAUCCUCAGCAAGUGUUUUUAGAGGAUUUGAAAGAUGCCAAGAUAUGCACUGGUGAAAAUGUGUCCAUUUUGCCAUCACAAAAGAUGCCAAAUUGGUCUGCCAUGGCUAAGAGAAGUGAAGGGAGGCAAAGGAGAAUGGUUGAAAGGAAGUCCAAAAAUCUUAGUUAUGGUUCCGAUAUAACUGAUGUUUCAACUGCAGGUGAAGGGGAUUCAAAGGUUGAAGAUGUAGUUGUAAGAAAACCUAACCCUGAAAAUUCAGAUAUAAGACAGAGUAGGCCACAGUUUAAGAAGAUAAUGAAGAAGCAAGGCCAGACCAUAUCCAAAGGCCACAAGCAUUAUGAUCUAAUGCUCAAUUUGCAACUAGGUAUCAGACACUCUGUUGGAAGGCCUGGUCCGGUUGUAUCCCUUGAUCUAAGGCCUUCGGCUUUUGAUCCGAAAGAAAAAGUAUGGACCAAAUUUCCGCCCGAAGGAUCCAAGCACACUCCACCACAUCAAUCUUGUGAUUUCAGGUGGAAGGAUUACUGUCCACUUGUGUUCAGGACCCUUAGGAAAUUGUUCAAUGUGGAUGCAGCUGAUUACAUGCUUUCGAUAUGUGGGAACGAUGCCCUUCGGGAAUUAUCAUCCCCGGGAAAAAGUGGAAUGUUCUUUUACUUGACCAAUGAUGACAGAUACAUGAUAAAGACAAUGAAGAAGGCAGAAGUAAAAGUUCUCAUAAGGAUGCUCCCAGCCUACUAUAAUCAUGUUCGGUCGUUUCAGAACACUUUAGUCACCAAAUUUUUUGGUCUUCACUGUGUGAAACUGACCGGGACAUCCCAGAAGAAGGUGCGCUUUGUUAUAAUGGAGAAUCUGUUCUGUACUCACUAUGCCAUUCAUAGGCGCUUUGACUUGAAAGGUUCGUCACAUGGUCGCACAUCUUCUAAACCCGAAUCAGAAGUUGAUCCGACAACAACCCUCAAAGACCUUGAUCUCAAUUAUAUAUUUCGAUUGCAGAAACUAUGGUUCCAAGAGUUUUGCAGACAAGUCGACCGAGAUUGUGACUUUCUCGAACAGGAGAGAAUUAUGGACUAUAGUCUGCUGAUUGGUUUUCAUUUUCGAGAAGUUUCCUCACCUUGUGGUUCCGACGUUCCCACGCCUACUGGAAAUCAAGAUCCUCUAACUGAAGACGCUCCUCGGCUAUCUCAAGCUAGCAAGGAUCAGUUUCCUAGUGAUCGGUGGUCUUCCGUUAGGUUAGGUACUAACAUGCCUGCUCGGGCCGAAAAGACGGUGAGAAAAUCGGAUUCUGAUUCUCAGCUAGUUGGAGAACCAACUGGUGUAUUCUAUGAUGUAAUCCUCUUCUUCGGUAUAAUCGACAUUCUACAAGACUACGAUAUUACCAAGAAGCUCGAGCAUGCAUAUAAAUCGAUGCAGUACGAUCCAACAUCGAUUUCAGCUGUUGAUCCUAAGCAAUAUUCAAAACGCUUUCGGGACUUUAUUUUCAAAGUUUUUGUAGAGGACACUUGAGAAAAGAGUUAUAUUUCAACCAUAUAUUCAACUUCGAAAAACGGUGUCCUUUCAUGCACAUUCAAUCAGUUUUAUGGAGGUUUGAGUGUUUAAAUGAAGAAGAUUAUCACCUCGGUCAUUGACAUGGCUAUGGGGGACGAUUCAUGGCGGCACUGGACACAAUUCAGGGUUAGUUUCUCACUACACUUUCUUCAUCUCACUCACUUUACAGUUGAAGAUAUAUGGUAGGUUAUUGUCAAGUUCUAUUGUACUCGAACUCUGACAUGAGUGUCGGAUACGGGUAUGUUCAACUUUCCUAAGAUUUUCUUUAUGUAUUGGAGGGUUUUUGGAGGGUGAUAUCCUCGUACCCAUAUCCAGAUAUGUGUUGGCUCGGAUGUACAACACGAGUACUUCAAGAAAAACAAAGAGUCGGGGCAACAUAAAUCAAAUUGUAUGUUUACCCUCGUAACAAGACUCACUAAAGAUUGCUUCCAAUGUGUCAAUGAAUUGGCCAAAACUAUGAAUUUGAUUCAUUUUGUAUCAAACCUUUCUUUUCUUUUUUUUUCUUAGUAGGUGAGGAUACCUUGAGUUCGGCUUGAGAUAGUAAUGUAGAGAAAGGGAUUUGAAAGAGAUCUAACAUUUAGUUGCUUACUGAAGAUGGAAAUUUUUUGUUGCAUCUUGUAAAUAGGGUGUAAACGAAAUUCUUUAUCAAUUUAUUCGAUUUCGAUUC